CAUAAUCACUUGGGAGAGGUCUCGAAGGCAGGAGAUCUGUGUCCCAUCCUCUAAGGGAAGACGGGUUUGUGUAACUCUCCUCAAACCUGAGGGGAGUUGUGGAGUGUUUGGUCAACGACAGUGCUUCCUGGAAAAGAUCUGAAUCGUUUUAUAACCAAACCCAGCUGCGGUCUGGUGUGCGCUGCAGUCACCGCGUGCAUGUAUGUAUGCGUGCGUGCGUGCGGAUGUAUAUGUGUGUGUCUAUUUUCAUCUGAAUGAGGUAGAAGGAGGGGAAGGGGUUUCUGCGCUUCCCUUUCCAAUAGAGGGAGAGAUAGGAAGAGAGAGGGGGGAGAGAGAGACAGAGAGACAGAGAGAGAGAGAAAAAAGUUUGGUCUUGUUCUCCCUUUCACUCUUUUUUUUAGGCAUGAACACUGAGACCUGCGUUUCAUACAGCGAUAUGACAUCCAUGGAUUCAUAUUAUAGCUCCUCUGCUGCGCAAGGUAGGGAUCACCAGACGGACCACUUUAGGACAUUCCCAGCUACUGAUACCAAAUACAGCCCCGCUGCCUUCCUGCCCAACAAAGGUCAGGGUUACGGAGAAAAGUCCAGGAGCCCCUUCCAACAGGAGUGCCAGUCAUUGGAUGCCGCCGCAGCUGGGCAAGGCACUUUCAGCAAAUACCACCUCUUCAUGCAGAGGUCUUCUUGCAAAACACCCCCCGAGGAGGACAAACUGCACCAGGAGAGGGGACACAACGGAGGGCUCAUCUCUUGCUACGGUAAAGACAGUUCUGGUCUGGCAGAUUCUGACUUGGCCCCAGACUCCGACCCACCUGGAAUGGACACCAGAUACCUAGCUGUGAAGGAUCAGGGCGUCAAGGCGGCCUCUGAUAGGACGCCAGGCACUGACUUAGCGAGCCCUCUGGAAAAAGCUGAUGGUGGCGAAAGCAACAAAGGCAAAAAGAGGCGCAACCGCACGACCUUCACGAGCUACCAACUGGAAGAACUAGAGAAGGUUUUCCAGAAGACACACUAUCCUGAUGUUUAUGCUCGAGAGCAGCUCGCGCUCAGGACGGACCUGACUGAAGCCCGCGUGCAGGUGUGGUUCCAGAACAGGAGAGCGAAAUGGCGAAAGAGGGAACGCUUUGGCCAGAUGCAGCAGGUCCGAACACACUUCUCCACAGCUUACGAGCUGCCUCUCCUGACUCGUCCUGAAAACUAUGCUCAGAUCCAGAACCCUUCCUGGAUCGGCGGCAGCAGCGCUGCGUCUCCUGUGCCGGGCUGCGUUGUGCCCUGCGACACAGUGACUCCGUGCAUGACACCUCACCCCCACUCUGCCAGCGGGGUGUCUGAUUUUCUGGGAGUACCGAGUCCCGCAGGUCACGUGGGGCAGGCUCACAUGGGCAGCCUGUUUGGAGGAUCUCCUGGCAUGGCUGGAGGCAUCAACACUUACGAUCUCAACAUGGACCCCGACCGCAAGUCCUCCAGCAUCGCCGCUUUGCGCAUGAAAGCCAAAGAGCACAGUGCAGCCAUAUCUUGGGCCACAUGAUGUGUUGACACAUGCUGGAUGACGGGGGACCUUGUUGACCCCUGAAAAGUCUAAACAAUCCCAGAAUGGAGUAAGGGGUGGCACUAAAAUCAAGGCAACAGUGGCUACCUUCAAAAAUGCUGCAAUCAAAUUAUGUGGGGAAAAAAAGAAAGAGAUAAAGAUUUGGCAAAAUCGGCAGUGCCAUGUUUUUGGUGGCACAGCAGUGAGUGCUGUGGAAGCCCAGUGAGAAGGUGAAGGUGUGCUGUAUAACAGGAGUUGCAGUGUAGUGCUGAAGAUAGGCAAAUAUAUAUAUAUAUUAAAAAAAAGAUGCUAGAAAAAAGUUCAAUUAAUCCAAAAAAAGAAGAAAAAAAAGAAAAGAAACAUCCAUGCACUUAUUUGCUAACACAGACACAAUUUCUAUUUGUACAGAGCUUUUGGUAUGUUUGUUUUGGUGCUGUUUUUAUUCUGAUCUUGUUAUUUAAAAUGUCCCCCUUUUUCCCUUUUUUGCGUCAUUUAAUUUUAAGUUUUGAUUUCACAGCUAGUUUAAAAAGCAUUCUGAAAAAAAACCCUUUUAAAAACCUCCAUACAUUUUACUCUUUGUCAGCAUUAACUUAAGUCAUGCCGGUGCUGAGAUGACCAUCAAUACAAGCGUCACAGUAACCAAAUCUGGGUAUGUUUUCCAGUGACUGAAAACACAGACAGGGCUCUUCCCUCUAACAUUACAAAGUAAAACAGAUGAAAAGUGGUUCUCUUGAGUAUGGCCAAGGGUAAAAGAUCCACCUGCUGCACUGACCCAGCCUGCUGAUGCCCAGAGAGGAGGAGGAAAUGGUGUAUGGGAGUACGAGAGGGGCACAGCAGGCCUGCUGCUCUCAGGGUUGAAGAGCCUGGGAGCGCCAGCCUCCAAACAGAUGCAGUUCUGUUUUCAGGAGAAAGACUCCAAGUGGACAUAACUGUGCCCCUUGCAUUUCUAGUCUCACAGGUCUCAGAAAGAGAAGUGCCUACCAGUCAAGCCAGACUGCCAGAAAUAACACAGGAACCAGCAGAAGCCUCUUUUGAAACAGAGCGGGCUACUGGGGAUAACACCGUGUGUUGACGCUCUUAAGCACUGAAUGGAUGUCAGUAUUCAGCAGCCUUUUCUGGACUUGAACAAGCCUGCAUUUGGCUUUCAGUGCAGCGCUGCCAUACAUGUCAUUGUUACUCUUCCUCUUCUUUUUUUUUUUUAACCAU